CAUCAUGGCGGACGGCGACGGCAAGCCAGCUGGAACAGAACAACCAGGUGGCAGCAAGAAAAGAAACUACAGGAAAGACAAGCCCUGGGAUCACGAGGGAAUUGACCAUUGGAAAAUCGAGCCAUUCUCAAAUGAAGACAAUCCUCAUGGCAUGAUAGAGGAGAGUUCGUUUGCAACUUUGUUUCCAAAAUAUAGAGAAAAAUACCUGCGGGAAUUCUGGCCUUUGGUGGAAAAGAAGUUGAAAGAAUCUGGGUUAAAGUGUCAGCUUGAUGUUAUUGAAGGAAGCAUGACAGUAAGUACAACACGGAAGACGUGGGAUCCUUAUAUCAUCAUCAAGGCCAGAGAUAUGAUCAAACUUAUGGCAAGAAGUGUUCCAUUUGAGCAGGCUCAGCGUGUUUUAGAAGAUGAUGUUGCAUGUGACAUUAUAAAGAUAGGAUCCUUAGUUCGUAACAGAGAAAGGUUUGUAAAGAGAAGACAGAGGCUUCUUGGUCCAAAUGGGGCAACACUAAAGGCUCUUGAAUUACUCACACAAUGUUAUAUCAUGGUACAAGGCAAUACUGUGGCAUCCCUUGGUCCAUACAAAGGACUUAAACAGGUGCGUAAAGUGGUGGAAGAUACAAUGAAAAAUAUUCAUCCGAUUUAUAACAUCAAGACACUGAUGAUCAAAAGAGAGCUAGCUAAAGAUCCAGAGUUGAAAAAUGAAUCUUGGGACAGAUUUUUACCCAAGUUUAGACAGACCACCACAAAGAAGGUGAAGAAAGCCAAGUUCAAGAAGAAGGAAUAUACUCCAUUCCCCCCACCUCAAACAGAAAGCAAGAUUGAUAAACAGUUAGCCAGCGGUGAAUACUUUCUACAAGAAAAAGAAAGGAGACUGAAAGCUCAACAGGAAAAGAAGAACCGUCAAGUGGCUGCAGAAGGAAAGCGAAAAGCUCAAAGGGAGCAGGCGUUCAUUCCACCUGUGGAGGAAAAACCUAAACAAGAAAACAAGAAGAAAGCAAAUGACAGCAAAGUGGAUGUGGAAGCCUUCAAAAAGAAAAUAAAAAAUUCACAGAAAAGAAAAGUUGCUGAAACAAGCAAAACAGUAGCUACCACAAAAAGUAAAAAGGUCAAAAGAUAAGAAUGUAAAUAGUUUAUUAUUGGAAAUCAAUUUAUGGAAAUAGACAUGCUUUUUGGCCCCCCC